GUUUAUGCGUCUUUCUCCUUUACCUUUCAGAAAUAUUGAUUCUGGCUGUGUUCCCUCUGCGUCACUGAGGGCAAUCAGUGGAUGGGCGUGUACUGUAACAUAGUACACUGUGUUAUACAACCGUCUAUACCAAACUACAGUUCAAAACAAUUUCAGAAAUAAUGUGUGGGCUAUAUGACUUUUCUGCACCCUAUACGUUUUCAAAAUGUUACUUCUUAAUAAAACCCAAGUGCACGAGAUCAAAGUAGUAAUUUUUGCCGCUAUGUAAAAAGAGACACACUGUGUUGUGAGGGUACGCUAUGUGUGAUAAUGAAUGAUCUACUUUGAAGGACGACACGGUCUUCGAACAGUCUCUUCGUUAUUCAAAGAAUACAUUUUGAUAUCCUGAAAAACAAGUUUCUUCACGUUCAGUUUAACACAACAUUCUAGCCCCAGUGGAGCAAAGAGAAACAAAAGAAAUUGAAAUAUUUCCUUUUCCGUUGACUACAUUUUAAACAGUAGAUGAGAGAUCAGGAAAACUAGAGAACAAUUAAAUCGUUCUGUUGACGAUAAUAAUGAGGAUUUAUCAAGUCUGUUUUACAACGAAACUGCUCAUUUCUGGUGCUACCAUGAAAACUUGAACACUUAUUUUGGUUGUUUAAAAAGGCUGGAUGAGAAUAUGCGAGUAAAUUAGAUGACUACAGAUUUUUCCUGUAACUGAAUAACUUACUAAGCUCAUUACUGACUGUUACUUCUGGUUGUAACAAAAAUGGCUAAAGUAAAGAGGCUACCACCGUCCACCAACGACACUCGCCACGACAUGGUCGCCGCUAUGGAAGUCGACCCCAGUAAACUAGAGGCUGCUCCAGACUCCAGCAAAGUGGGGACGUUGAAGUAUCCGCUACUGACCCACGAAAAGGUGGACACACGACCCACGAAAAACAUAAAGAUGAAGCAGUACCUGUGCGUGAAACACGCCUUGCCCAACACGCGACUCACCAACGCCAUCUUGUACGAGAACGUGAGUCAGGAGCGCCAUCUUGAAAUGCAGGUUUCCUCCAUCUCACACCGGAGGGGUCGUACUUUGAACACGAUGGACAUCAAUAAACGAGCUUUCAUGGCGCAGCAAGACAGGAAGAAGAGGAAGUGGAAACGCGAGGACGAAGUUCGCCUUUCAGGCAUGAAUCUACCCAGCAUAUCCCCCGUGGACCUGGACAGAAGGCCCAGCGUGGAUGUCAUGUACCACAGCUCUGAUAACGAGCCUCGAUCUGACAGCGCAGGUGUUGGGAGGAAGCCCAUUCUUCCCAUGAUGAAAAUGCGCAAGGAACGGACUGAGAUCGUAUUUCACAAGGACCGAACGUUCAUCACCAAACUCCCUGCCUUCGUCGAGGUCGACCAGAAUAUCCAAACUGUCUUCGACGCGUAUCGUGGCAAAUCGUAUCUCUCCAGAGACCUGCCGAGCCGAGACGAGCGUUUCACCAGACUGCAGAGAAUGCUGCAACCGUCAGCGGGAUCUACGAGUGAGGAAUUCCCUCUGGAGAACGUCAUUUCCAAGAGCAAGUCAAAGAAGCACCACCAUUUGACCGACUCCCCGGUGACGUCAGAGCCCUGUAACUUCAACAGUUACGCCGAAGCCAGGGUGAUGAUUGCUUCCCGCGGUCAGAGCAGGGACAACGCGAGGUCAGCCCCGAACGUGGAAUUUAUGACCGAAAAGAAAUCUGCCUCAGGUACGAGACCAGCGGAGAUCUUGCAUUCUUUUAAGACUCAGGACAUUAAAGAGUUGUCUAAAUCUCUGACAAGAGAGUCGCACAUAGACCCAUCCGCUAUCAAUCCAGGCUUGCACAGGAGAGACUCUAAUAUAAGUUUCGCAACAAAGAAACCAAGCGUCCACGUCCCCUCCCUUGGACUUAAUUAUGAAAUGAAGAAUGGAUGAUGUCAACUUGACGCUUAGACUUCACACUGUACAGAUAACCUGAAUGCAUUUAACACAUACUUGAUGUCUUUUGGGAUUUUGUUUUGUUUCGCCUUGUUCUAUCAUUAUGUUAUAAAUUUUAAAAAUCAUUUUACUGAAAAAUAUAUUAAGUUUCCUUUCUCUACCGAUUUGGGUUGACGAGGUCUUAAAAUUUGUUUCAACCAAAUAAUGACCAAUAUGGGUAUGAGGGUGCUGAAAAAAUAACCAACCGUUCUAUGCUUAAGACUUCUCUCCUGUACCAUUAAGACCCCGUGGAAUGUUAGUGAGUUUUGGACAGCGUUCUAGAAAUGUUUUUCUCCUGAAAUUUUGGUAAUAUGGAAGGUAUGUCUAAAUACUGGAGAGGUGCUGAAUGUCUUUAUUUUAAAGAAAUGGUGUAUAACAUUUAUAGUCUUUUUUUUUUCAAAAGAAGGUUGCCACAGUUAAUCUACACAAGAUUAUUUCUUUGUUCUGGCUUUCUAUAUUACUACUUUAUUUGCUUUCAAAUUAUUCUAGUUUAUUCACUGGCAGUCAAUUUCAGUAUGUUUUAAUUUGUUUAUUUAUCUCUUCCAUGUCAUGAAAACGAUGGCGAGGCCCUGGGAGUUGUGGUUUGGGGGGGGGGGGAUUCUUCUGUUCUGUAAAUUAGGAUAGUUAUAAUGUUUUCUCGUUCAUUUACAAUGUUCAUUUUCUACCUAUGCUAAUUUUUUUUCUUUAAUUAUAGAGGGAUUAUAAUUCCAAAUGUCGCUUUUAACCUGCUUUUCAUAUAGUUGUUAUCAAUAUUCGUUCAGAUCUACCUUCAGGGUUUCGGGGAUUCCGAAGGCAAUCAGGAAGAGGGAGGAGAGGGAGGGGGUAUUUGGUAUGUCAUUAAUGGUUUGUCCAACAGUGAGUAGAGUCUCCAGUGACGGCAGUUCAAAAUAUACAACACUAAUUUUGUUUUUACAAAGGUUCUAUUGAAUGAAUGUGUCUAACUGCACCAUCUCUGCCCUAUCCUAUAUUAUCGUGUUUCUAUUUGUGUAUCCCUGACAGAAAAAUACAACAUUGUUCUUUCCUUAACGCUAGUUUAAUUGAGCAGUACGCUCAGUCGAAAUGCAUCGUUGAUUUCCAAUAUAGCGUUUCGUUGACAGGAGUCUCGGCUCACACAAAAAGGAAGACCUGGUUUAGGGGGAGUCUCGGUUACAGGUAACUGCGGCCAUGUUGUAAUAUAACAUGCUUUUGUCACGAGCACACACAGCCACAUAAUGCAGGUGAAUAGGGAGACUAACUUUCAUUAACAACAGAGGGAGAGAUAUCAGGUUGGACAUAACUCGGUCCUCCAACCGCCACCAUUUCAUUUGAGACAGGAGUUUCUGGAAUAAGUUAAUGAAAAAGGCAGAUGAUCAUUAUUGUCAAGAUUGUGUUGAAAUUAUUCCUCUGAUGUAAUAACUUGUAUUACAUGUUUGCAUAAAAGAAAAAGAAAAAAAUAUUACAGCUUUUUGACAGAAGGUCCCGCUAAACAUAAUCAUGAUAUCAUCAGAAUCAUCACUAUCACCAUCACUAUCAUCAUCAUCAUCAUCAUCAUCAUCAUCAUCAUCAUCAUCAUCAUCAUCAUCGUCAUCAUCGUCAUCAUCGUCAUCAUCGUCAUCAUCAUCAUUUAAAUUUGUUUCCAAACAAUUACUCUUCGAGCCGAAAGUAUUGUUUAAUAUCUUAUUCUAAUAGUAAUUGUAUUGGUAUUCUCGUUUCGACUCUCCUGUAAUUGUUGCUUCUACAUUAUGGUUGUCUUAUUACCGAUUACAGGGGGAAAAACAACAGAAAACCCAGAAAAUGAAGUGUUGUUAAAUAUCAA